CUAUUGGAUUAACAAAAUGAAGCCUGCUAAGCUGCACUGUUGGAUUCUGGGUUGUUUUUCUGUGGCGUUGUGUUGUGGGUGUACUUCAGAUCAGUUCCUUCUACGUGACAGUCACUCCAAAUCCUGGAGGAAGCUGUAUCUUGCUCAUCAUUGGCCAGUGACUGUAUGUAAGAUGAGUGCUAACGAUUGUCAAGACCCUCCAGAGUACUGGACAAUCCAUGGACUAUGGCCUGGCAAAGCCGAAGAUUGUAAUAGGACAUGGCACUUCAAUGUCACUGAGAUUAAGGAUCUUCUGUCAGACAUGAGACGCUAUUGGCCUGAUGUGCUUCAUUCAUCCCUGAAUCGCACCCAGUUCUGGAAACAUGAGUGGGAGAAGCAUGGAACUUGUGCAGCCGCGCUUCAGAUCCUUAAUUCUCAGAAGAAGUAUUUUGGUAAAACCCUGGAACUCUAUCAACGCGUUGAUCUUAACAGUUAUCUCCUGAAAGCUGGGAUAAAGCCAGGCAGUACAUAUUACAAGAUGACUGCCAUAAAAGAAGCUCUCACAAGUUGUUAUGGUGUAACACCAAAGAUCCAAUGUCUUCCUCCAGAAGAGGGUGAAAAAGCACAAACAAUUGGCCAGAUUGAAUUCUGCUUCACCAAAGACUUAGAACUGAGAAACUGCACAGAACCGACGGGUGGAUCUGAGCGAAUGCAGGCUGGCUUGCAGCUUGGAACGGGGGAGUUGUCUGUCUGCAAUGAUACUCUCCCUACCUACUACCCUUCACAGGUCCAAGGUCACAAAUGAAACCACAAGAGUGUGAAAAACUUUUUAAACAAAAACCCUUUUAACAUUAUACCUUAAAAAGCAGUCUUGACUUGGCAAAACCUGUCCAUUAUCAUUGGCAUGCUAUGAGGAUUUCUGCUGGAAGCAGAAUGUGCUCCUCCUCCUGUUAAAGGAGAACGGUCCACAUUGUAUUGUGAGUUACAGGAGGUUGAAGUCUUGGAUUGUUGUUCUGGUAUUGAUGGAGUCGGAAUCUGAUUUUCAGUUUUGUCUGGAUUUUUUUUGGCUCGUGUACAGUUGAAUCAAUGUUCAAAAGAGAAGUGUGACUUCUUACUUUCGUUUGCAGUUAAGUCUGCCACAUUAGCCACUUUCUUCUAUUUUUUGCCAGUGAGCCAGGGAGAUUAAGUCAUCCUUUGUUCCAAAAAGAUGCUCAUCUCUACAAGAUGAGAUUACAAUUUCUUGGGAAAGAAAUAUCGUUACGCAGAAGAACUUCGAAACCUGUCUGGAGAUCCUUUCUCACACAGAAUACCCGCCGCUUUCUGUAGCGGGUAUUAUAUCAUUUCUUUUGCUCUCCAGAAGUGCUGAACAGAGGCUACGUCCUCUGAGGCAUUAAACCUUUUCUUACCCAGAGGUCACUGAGGACCAAAGAUGACAACUUCUGCACAACUUCUUAGUGAACGAAGUAACGUUCACCAGCUUUUGUCACCGCUGGUUAUGGGUGCCUUUCUCAGGACCCCAAAAAGCUUUUUAUUUGCAGGCUCUCCUAUCCUUAGACUUGAGUUUGCCUCAGUAACUCCAUACGCUCAUAAAGAACUACCAGUCUUACGUGCUAGUAUAGGAAAAUAAUGUUAUGCCAUAGAAACAUGGUAUUUAUUCUUAAGUUUUCAUCCCAUUUGAGCAUUUAGCACUUCUACAUAGAUGUGAGUGGCUGAAAUUCAUUUAAAAAUAUGAGAUUUUCACAUAAUCACUUGGUUCCAAGAAACAGCUUUUUAUAGGAAAAAUAGUAAAUACUGUAAGAUUUUCAGUGAGAAGUACGAAUGUUGGCAAUAGCCCAUCCCUGUCCAAUAAUAAUUAAUAAUAUGUAACAAAAGUUUCCAAAUGGGACCAAAUUUGGAUAACAUCCGCUAUGCAGAGCUGUGUUGAUGCAGGUGUCCCAAAUUGUGUCUCAAAGACAUUAUGGCUCAAGGAGCCAUCUGCUAGAAAAAUAUUACUUGAAAAACAUGAAAUGCAGUGUUAGGAACAAAAACUACUAUGUCAUCUUAGUUUUAGAAAUCUUUCAUAUACUCUCACUUUCUGCUGCUGCUGUCUCUGUACCACCAUUCAUUUUAGGCUCUGUUACCUUGCCAUUGCAGAAUGCUGUCAAUUUUUUGAGUCCUUUCUGUAGAAACACAGAGAUCUUGCUUUAAAAAAAAAAAAAAAGAAAAGAAAGAAAGAAAGAAAGGAAAUCCAGUAAAGGAGUAUGUUCUGUACUCCAUUGUGCCUUUUAAGGGAGCAAGGGCUUCUCUUUCCAAAUUUGUCUUCCCUCCUAAGAGGGGGAAUAUACUAACAUAAUGUAUUUUUAAAGUAUGCUAUAAAACCUUUAAAAUCAACCCAGUUUUUCAGAAAUAGCCUGUUCUUCUUCCUCCACCAUUAGGGUCCUCCUAUUAGAAGUAUUUGAAAUUGAUCUUACUGGUCACAAAUGGAGAAUUUUGAAGGGAAAGGGCUGAGAAUAUAACAUGUGGUACCUGGCAUAUAUAGCAAUGAAUUCGCUGCUGCUUUAAGUAGGUUAAUAUUUUUGGGUGAACUGGCUUCAAGGCCUGUUUGAUUAUAUUAAAUAUGAUAAGUGUUUUUGAGUGACUUUGGGAUGGCUAGGCUAAAUUUCCCUGUUAAAUCUUUUUUCAGCAAAGCAUAACAGGAUGACUGCUGCUGUUGGUUCUGUCUGUAGCGUUGCAGCUGAACUCAGUGGGAACUCUGCAUGCAUUCUGAGCGCACAAAGUUGAAUCAAAGACCAGAAAUAAUCUAUUGCUUUAUCAGUAUUGUUUUGGACAUGUUUCAGGGAGAGGCAGUGAAAGAGGAAAAAUAUGUUGCCUUUUGGAAGUGUUGUGCUGAUUCAAUAGUUUCUCCAGGGUUAGUUUUAUUAAUUGUAGGUAAUGUUCUAAUAAUAAGAGGGGAACUUUGCAGACAACACUUUCUAAAAUUUCAAUAUGUAUAUAUGUUUGUUGUAUAUUGAAUAUAGCACAUCUGUUUUCAAUCAAUA